AUGGGCUCCGAGACUUCCCCUCCUCUGGGCCCGAAGCCCAAAUCGGCCAUUCCUUCCUACCUUCUCAACGGGCCAUCUUCUGAUCGCAUGCCUAGUCGAAUUAGAGAGAGAGAAAGCCUAAAUUCCUCGAUUAAAACAUCAUUUGCGCGGACUCAGCUUGUCGAUGAAGAACUGGGCAAUGGUGUCGCAUUGCCCGCCCGCAGCAACCUAUCCAACGAAGCGCAAAACCUCGGACGUAUUUCUGAAAGUCAAGACGCCUCUGUAAGUCUUAAGCGGACUAUAAGCGUGCCUCCUCGCGACCCCAGGGACCAUACGGGCCCUUCCCCCUUGGUCAGCCGGCCGGCUAGUCCUUACACGGCAAACCCGCCAAUUGAUUUUGAUGGCCUCAGUUGGCCUAGCAUCGGCACAAGAGCGCGUCUAGAGUCUACACCGGACGAAACGGAACUCCGAAUCCAAAAGCUUGCGGGUGCGGUACGAACCAUUUUCGAGUGUAUCGGUGAGGAUCCAGAGCGUGAAGGGCUGCUCGGUACCCCAGAGCGAUACGCCAAGGCAAUGCUUUAUUUUACAAAAGGUUAUGAAGAAAAUGUUCGAGAUUUGGUGAACGGUGCUGUUUUUCAUGAGGACCACGAUGAACUCGUCAUUGUCAAGGAUAUUGAGGUGUUCUCUCUUUGUGAACAUCACAUGGUUCCGUUUACCGGCAAGAUGCAUAUCGGUUACAUCCCAGACCGCAGGGUUCUUGGGCUUUCUAAACUUGCUCGCUUGGCGGAAAUGUUUUCUCGGCGUCUACAGGUCCAAGAGCGAUUAACAAAACAAGUGGCGCUGGCUAUUGCUGAGGUGUUAAAGCCUCAGGGUGUUGCAGUAGUUAUGGAAUCGAGCCAUCUCUGCAUGGUAAUGCGCGGAGUCCAGAAAACUGGAAGCACCACCACAACCAGCUGCAUGCUUGGCUGUAUGAGGUCAAGUGCAAAAACCCGAGAAGAGUUUCUUAAUUUACUAAACCGGAAGUGA